AUGAACUGCCGCUCGGAGGUGCUGGAGGUGUCGGUGGAGAUGCGGCAGGUGGAGGAGGCCAUGCUGGCCGUGCUGCACACCGUGCUCCUGCACCGCAGCACGGGCAAAUUCCACUACAAGAAGGAGGGCACCUACUCCAUCGGCACCGUGGGUACCCAGGAUGUUGACUGUGACUUUAUUGACUUCACCUAUGUGCGCGUCUCCUCUGACGAGCUUGACCGGGCCCUACGCAAGGUUGUCGGGGAAUUCAAGGAUGCCUUGCGCAACUCUGGUGGUGAUGGGCUGGGGCAGAUGUCCCUGGAGUUCUACCAGAAGAAGAAGUCGCGUUGGCCUUUCCCGGACGAGUGCAUCCCAUGGGAAGUGUGGACUGUCAAGGUGCAUGUGGUGGCCCUGGCCACAGAGCAGGAGCGACAGAUAUGCCGGGAGAAGGUGGGUGAGAAGCUCUGUGAGAAGAUCAUCAACAUUGUGGAGGUGAUGAACCGGCAUGAGUAUCUGCCCAAGAUGCCCACGCAGUCAGAGGUGGACAACGUGUUUGACACAGGCUUGCGGGACGUGCAGCCCUAUCUCUACAAGAUCUCCUUCCAAAUCACCGACGCCCUGGGGACCUCAGUCACUACCACCAUGCGCAGGCUUAUCAAAGACACCCUUGCUCUCUAG